GCACCUUACACCAUAUAUGGUGGAAUUGCAUGGCAGUGACUGGCUUCUGGAAGAUGGUCUGGAAAACGGUCAACUUAGUGACAGGCCUAAAUAUCCCAUAUAACCAAGAGGCCCUAAUUUUAUUCCACUUCAAAUUCCCACACAGACAAAUGAG